AUGGCGUCUUCCCCUGCAACUCGCAGGCGAAACGCGCUGGAGACCGGGGGCGAUGACUCGGCGGAGUGGUUUCGGACCGCCUACCACGACAUGGCGACGGCCGACGUCGUUGCCGACAAGGGUGGCCUUGAUGCCUGGGUCGGGUUCAAGAUGGAGCGCAGCGAGAACAUCGAGCUCACCGAAGUCAUCACCCCGGUCUCUGCCAAGCCAUACGGCCUCGAUAUCACCAUGUACCCCAAUGCGGCCGUAGCAGUCAAGGGUGAGGUCAGGAUCCUAGACGACGAUGACAUGCCAUCCUCCAAAGAGCUUCUACCACGGAGAGUUUGCACAUUACCGGGCUGUACAGCAAGCGUCUCCUCGUCCGCCGUCGGAAUCAAGGAUGGCAGCAGUGCCACCCCACACGACAACGGCUGGCUGCUCACGCUUCCCCUUUCCCGAUGCCAUCGUACCGCACUCGAUGUAGCCGGGCACGUACAGUAUGCGGCGCGGUUUGAGGAGAAGACGAUGACAAUGGUGAAGAGUGCAUGA